AUGUUUACAAACGCCCAAACCGACCACAUCACUUAUGACGAAUUCCGCACUGCAAUCGAUUCAGCAGUCCACCAGAGAAACAGCGCAUACAGCAAUGCAUACGCACUUUCAAUCCGCUGGGAAGAUGACGAUACUCGCGCUCACGAAGACACGGCACACUUCCAAUGCAUACUAAAGAUGCUAGGCCUUCCCAAGGCCGACGAAUUGGUCCUCCAGCCCACAGAUCGCACCCCAGGCUGGACAGUGCAAAGCUCUAUGGUGGAAAUGCUCGAGGCGGCUAGAAUAUCCCAAGGAAAAGCAAUAAUCCUUUGCCAUUACGCUGGUCGUGCAUAUCAUGACAAAGGUGCCUUCAUGGCUACUGCCCAGGCUGAUGAACGGCCCAUGAAUUUGGGUGUGUUUUGCCUGGAUCUUGCCCUGGACCGUAGCUACUACCUCGCUGAUAUCGACCAUGUCGAUGUUGUCUUCUUCCUUGACUGCUACUACGGUUUUGAGGCGUCGAGGGCUCCGCCGAACAGCGGCGACCGGAUUGUGGAAAUCCUUGCGGCAACUGGGAAGACCCCUCGCAGUGCACUUGGCUUACCUCCGGCGAGAAACACGGUGACGGGAAUUCUAGCUGUAGAGAUGAUGCGCCGACAGCGCGAAGGACACCGCUCUGUGGAAUUUGCGGACCUUGUUCAAGCCCUGCGUGGGAGAGAUACUGUCGUGGUGACGCCCGUCCAUGGCCUUACAAUGGGCGCUUCCUCUGCUAUCCGCGACAGCCGACUGGAUCGCAACUCCAUUCCGCUCGAGCUAGAGUUCCCCCUGCGCCGAAUGCCGACUGUAAGUUCACAUCGGUUGUAA